CAAAUGUAAAAAUGUUGGCAUUCGUGGAGUGACGGCACGGUCAAACUUAGCUUUUUAGCUGUGUACGAUUGUGUCGACUUGUGUCGUAGUUGGAAAGCACUAGUUCGUACACUGUGUUACACAGUGUCGCCUGUGUACAUUGCUGGAAAGCACCCAUUAUCGUAAACACCCCUUGUUACUUCCAUCGUGGCUUAUGGUCUGUUCUUUCUAGCUGCACUGUUGCACCGGUGCAAUAAGUUAAGUAAGACAAGUAUAUUUUUUCUCAUUCUAACUUUUCUCAUUCUUAUUGCACCAGUGCAACAGUGCAGAUAGAAAGAACAGACUAUUAUACAGCGUAGAGAUACUUAUCUCUAAUACAGCGGAAUGCUCGGUCUCACUCGGUCUAUACCAGUCUAUACUUACUAUGUCUAUGGAGCGAACUUACGAAGGAUGAGGUUAUGUUUGUAAUGUCAGUUUAAUGCAGUUAAACAUUAAAAAAAAAUUAUUAUGUCUUUAUACGACGAUUUUGACAAGCAUCGAACCACAGAGAAAGUUGCGGGGUGGUCUUCCGGCAUUAAGUUGUUGCAAUCGCAGCUUCAGCUGAAAAAGGCUGCUACAACACAGCCCAAACGUGAACAAUAUAGGAAGGCUACUGCAGUAUUAGCGCCAGUGAUAGAUUUGAAAUCAAAAACUAAUCGCGAUGUCGACAGAGAGGAUGACAAUGCUCAAAACAAUUCACUGACUGGCAGUGUGAGCAGCAUUGGAGUAGGUGGCGAAUUUGAUUGGAAUGUAGUGAAUGAAUAUGAUCCUAUGUGGCCCAAUGAAUAUGAAAAAGUUGUGAAGGAAUUACGUGAUAUUAGAGACAGGGAGCAUGAUCAGGAGACGGAAAUGCGUAAACGUAGAAGGGAUAGUACUCGCUUUGAAGAUACUCAGCCUGCCAGUGGAAACAGUACAAUGAUACCUCCUGAAAGAGACGAAGAGAGAACGCCGACCUCGAGAGGUGUAGUAGGAGGUGCCGCCAUUGCACCGCCACCGUCGUUACAAGAAUCCACGGAAUUGCCACCUCCACCACCGCGACAACAAUCUAAUCUAGGCUAUUCGACAUCGUCUGUGGCAGCAAAAAUAAUGGCAAAGUACGGUUUUAAAGAAGGACAGGGUCUCGGUAAAAAGGAACAGGGCAUGUCGGUCGCAUUGCAAGUAGAAAAAACUAGUAAACGUGGUGGUAGAAUAGUUGGUGAAAGGGAGCAAUUAAUGCCACCACCACCACCACCUGUUGCUUCUCCACCACAGCAAUCGCAAGCGCCAUCCCAGCCACAACAGCCCCAGGAAGAACCUAGCAUUACAGAGAUAAUGAAAUGUCCAAGCAAAGUUGUUCUCUUGCGCAACAUGGUUGGUCCUGGAGAGGUUGAUGAUGAUCUUGAACCAGAAGUAAAGGAUGAAUGCAACACUAAAUAUGGCGAUGUCGCACGUGUUAUUAUUCAUGAAGUGAUAGAAGCUUCACCAGAAGAGGCAGUGCGAAUUUUUGUCGAGUUUAAGAGAAUAGAAAGUGCUAUUAAAGCUGUGGUUGAUUUAAAUGGCCGUUUUUUUGGUGGCAGACAGGUCAAAGCGGGAUUCUAUUCUAGUGAGAAACUUGAUAACUUACAAUUGAUGGAUUAAUUUCGCUUGUUUUACAAAAAGAAUUUUAAACAUUAACUUUUGUUUUCUUAAUAAAUUGUAAAAUUUUUUAUAUUUCUACUACAUAUAUAUAAUAUAGAUCAUUAGAAAAUAAAUUUUUUUCCAUUAUGAUACAUAGAAUUAUUUUAUUUUUUCAGUAUUAUUUAAAAUUAUAAAUUAUUAUACAAGAUAUGUUUGUCUUGACAAUUUAUUUCGAUGGGGCAUACAAAAUUUACUUUUAAAAAUCAUUUAUAAAAUUAAGAAAUAAUUAUAAUAAAAUUAAAUAAAUAAUGUAUUUGAUGUAAAAAUUAAGUGUACAUUGGAAAAAUAACAGCUAAUUUUUGUUUUCAAUAUUGUUGAUUUGUUAGAUAUGUACAAUUUAUUUACAAAGUUUUCAACUUAAAAAUUCAAAACAUGAAAUUUUAGGAAUAUAUAUCUUGAUAUGUAAUAAAUUUUUUUACUGCUUUGAAAAUUAUUUUUCCAAGUGGGUUUAAUGACCUAUCUCACAAGAUAUAUAAAUUGCAAUAUAUUUUAUUUUUAUAUAUAAAAUAUAAACUAAUAUAUAAAAUAUAAACUAAAUAAUUUAAGCUACAAAAAUAGAAAAUAUUAAUCUCUCUUAAAUUAAAUAUAGAUAUCUGACAAUUAUUAUUGACACUGCUUGCAUUUGUAGUAGGUCGGACGAAUUCGGCUAUUUUUAUAAUAAAUUAAUAACUUGUUAACUAUUGCAAAAUGGUACAGAACUGUUUAAUAAAAAGUUUAGGCUAUUCUAUCUCUAUGAAAGCGUUGUGUCAAUAAUUGUUAAACAUCUUGUAUUGUAUUUAACAUGAAAUAGAUAUAUCAUUGAAAAAUA